CAAAAUGCGGAACUUACGCAAUUUUGUGCAUCAACGGCUAAUUUAAUAUAGAGAGGUUUCUGUUGUUGAAAUUAAUCGACAUUGACUCCUCUGCACAACAGGUUGUUGAUUUGACAUCAGAGCUUGCACUGCACCUGAAUUUCAAGUCCCCUUAUAGAAUUUGCUCGAGCAAGUAGACAAUGGAUCUCUUCUCCAGCUUGAAGAGCUUCUUCAAAACCGACAGCACUACCAUCGACAAUAAUGUCUUUAGGCUUCAUUACAAAGCAACGAGUACCGUACUUGUAGCGUUCAGCAUCCUCGUCACCGCCAGACAGUAUAUCGGAGAUCCCAUCGACUGCGUGCCCAACAGUAACAUACCACCAAAUCUCCUCGAUACCUUUUGUUGGGUGCAUUCUACUUUCAGCGUUCCUUCUUCCUGGAAUAAAGAAGUGGGUGUGGCUGUGCCUUACCCUGGCGUGGACAACAGCGUAGACCAUAAAGACCGUAAAUACCAUGCCUAUUAUCAAUGGGUAUGCUUCGUGCUUUUCCUUCAAGCCAUUCUGUUCUAUAUUCCAAGAUAUUUCUGGAAGGUGUGCGAAGGCAGUCGCAUGAAAAACUUGAUACUUGGUCUUAAUACCCCCUGUCUAGACAAAGAGGUAAAGGACAAAAGCAAGAUGCUUCUCGUGGACUACAUAAUAGCUAAUCUUCACAACCAUAACGUAUAUUUCACAAGUUACGUAUUUUGUGAAGUUAUGAAUUUCGUCAAUGUGAUUGGUCAGAUUUACCUCAUCGACACGUUCCUGGACGGGGAAUUCACCAAAUAUGGACUGAAAGUUAUCCAGUUUACGGGAUGGGAGGGUGCAUUUCGUUAUGAUCCUAUGAUCCACGUAUUUCCUCGAGUUACAAAAUGCUUGUUCUACGUAUAUGGUACAGGUGGGAGCGUUGAGAAGAAAGAUACCAUGUGCAUCCUUCCCAUCAAUAUCAUCAACGAAAAGAUUUACAUCUUCAUCUGGUUUUGGUUCAUCAUCCUAGCCGUUCUUUCGGCACUGGUGUUAGUUUACAGACUCGUUUUGGUCUUUUGGCCGAAUAGUCGCUUCAUGGUGACCACCUGCAGAGCUCGCCUUGUGAAGCAUGACCACUUGAGGUUGGUUCUGUCCAGGGCCAGUCUUGGAGAUUGGUUUAUACUGGACAUGCUCUCGAAGAAUGUAGAUUCCAUGUAUUACAAAGAAAUCAUCGUCGAUUUGGCAGAUAGGCUGGAUGGCAAAGGAAAACAUGGGAAUUUGCAGUCGUUGAUUGUUCAAUGAAAAUUUUAUUAGACUGCAACAAAAUUUAAUUUGUUGAUUUCCUGUUAUAUAUAAUGUUCCAAACUACGCAUUUACAACUAUUAAUAAUGCAUUCUUUAUACGA